GGUUAGACUCCUUCGAAACAUUCACCUGAUCGAUCCCUGAACUUGGCUGGCAUCCACCUAAUUCUUUCUGCGGGCAGAUCACAUACUGGCGAUUGAUUCGCUCACCCCUUGCUCCUCCCCAACUCAGAUUAAAUGUCCCUCUAGUGCGCUCAUUCAUUGCAGUCUGAAGAAGCCUGUCAUGAAAGGGGAGCUGUAGAUCGGGACACACGUCACAACAGAAGAUAACAAUUCAGUUUUUGGCCAUCGAUUCACUCAGAUCUCCAGACAUGAAGACGCUUCUGGCUGCCUAUUCGGGUGUCGUCAAAGGCACUGGAUCCAGUGUUCUCUCGGUUCUGCAGGACCUGCCCUCUCCUCCCUGGCCUUGCAGAUCCAAGAUGGAGAAGCAUCUCCAGUGCAUCUCUGUGCUCCAGUGGGUCAUCUCCUUCCUGGCCCUGGGUCUUUCGGCCACAGUGCUCUUGAUCUACAUGUUCUGCACGGACUGCUGGCUCAUCGCUGCCAUGUACACCGCCUGGCUCAUCUUUGACUGGAACACCCCGAAGCAAGGUGGCAGGAGGUCUUCCUGGGUCAGAAACUGGACCGUGUGGACGUAUUUCAGAGACUACUUUCCAGUCAGGCUGAUCAAGACCCACGACCUGUUGCCCAGCCGGAACUACAUUUUUGGAUACCACCCCCACGGCAUCUUUUGUUUUGGUGCUUUCUGCAACUUUGGGACCGAGGCCACAAGCUUCUCCAAGAAAUUCCCAGGGAUCAAGCCGUCCCUGGCAACGCUUGCUGGCAACUUUCGUUUCCCAGUCCUUCGAGAUUACCUAAUGUCUGGAGGCAUCUGCCCAGUGAACAAGAACUCGAUAGACUACCUGCUGACUUGUAACGGCACAGGGAAUGCUGUGGUGAUCGUAGUCGGAGGGGCAGCCGAAUCUCUGGAGUGUGCCCCAGGAAAGAACUCUGUCACCUUGAGCAGACGCAAGGGCUUCGUCCGAUUAGCUCUCGAGAAAGGGUCGGACCUGGUUCCCGUAUACUCAUUUGGGGAGAAUGAUGCUUACCAGCAGAUUAUCUAUGAGGAAGGUUCCUGGUGGAGGCUGGUGCAGAGGAAGAUGCAGAAGAUUGUGGGCUUUGCCCCCUGUCUAUUCCACGGAUGUAGCUUCUUCUCGGCAGAGACCUGGGGCAUUGUGCCUUACUGCAAACCCAUCACUACUGUUGUCGGGGAGCCCAUUUCAGUGCCAAAAGUCGAGGAGCCGACCCCAGAUGUGGUGGAUCAGUACCACGCGAUGUACAUCAAAUCCCUUCAGUGCCUUUUCGACAAGUAUAAGACCCAGUUCGGUCUCAAAGAGAGCGAUGUCCUCGAAAUCCUGUGAGAAGGGUUGUUGGUCACCCCGGGGCUCCUGACGUUGGAUGCAAUCCCUUUUGCCCCCACCAGACACUCAUGUGCCUUGAUUGAUUCUCUCCGGACCACAAACUCAAACACACAAAACAAUUACGUUUGUAAACCGACACUCGGUCUCGACCUGGACCAGUGCGAGGGUAGUUUGUCCCUAAGAAAUGUGCAGGUAGAAUGAAUUGGGUCAUCUUGAAAAUGGUAUUCUGUGUGUGCUCUCUUCCUUCUGUCUUUAUCUGAUAAGAGGACAAAUUCAGAUGAUGCACUGCCAUUAAUGGUCCAUCGUUGUUCGAAUUUAUUUUCUUAAGGCAGUUUUUUAUCAGAAGAGAUUGGGGCGGAACACUUGGUCCUGGCAGGCCCAAUAAUCGAUAAAACAGCAACAAGCUAACAGAUUCAAAACAUUCAUGAAGUGCCAUGUUGUUUUUUUGUACUACUCACUGAUGCAUUCAUAUAAUUCUCCUCUCGAGAUCCAAUUUCUAUGCAAACGCAAUGCAAAAAGAGUCACCACUCUUAUUAUUGGGCGGAUAGACCCAAACUCUAAUUGAGCCAAAGAUCCUACUUGUUCCUACUUAAUGCAUCGAUAAUAAUAAUAAUAAUAAUAAUAAUAAUAAUAAUAGUAGGUGGAGGUAGAAACCAAGUGAAUUCAUGUUGCGAAAGUGCCAAACAUUUUUGAUGUUUUGAUUAUUUGCCAGAAAGUAUUAAUUGUAUUCUGUGAAGACUCGAGGUAGACAUGGAUUUCUGCUUUUUUCCUCAAAAAACACUUGUGCACUUUUUUGUAUGUUUGUUUUUGUUUGUCAUGUUCUAAAAAUGCCUUUAAUACAAGACCUUCCCUAAACAGUUCUUUAUCCCAUUCCGUUCUUGUCCUUUUAGGGACUGACUGGUGUGUAAAGAGACGUCACUCAAUGUUCCCAUACCUUCAGGUCUUUAAGCUUGAUUCAAACCUCAGUCAUUAAAGAAAGUGGAAGUAUUGAUGGAAAAGUGUAACCAUUGCUAAUUUCAGGGAAUUGUUUUCGAAUGGUUUAUGCUGUUGGUCUUUUUUUAAUAACUUUAUUUUUGGAAUUGAAGUGUCUCUUUAUAUUUUGGAAUGGAAAAUGAGCAUGUAUGUGUUAUGGACAGGUUCAGCAAGCGAUGCUAAUAGUGUAAUCUGAAAAGUAAGUUCUCAUUACUUUGACCGUGUCCUGCUAGAGAGCAGUGGACACAAGUGUCUAAUCCAUGUGCAUCAUUAUCUCAAGCAAUAAACCUCGAAAGGCCUUUCUGUAUGGUUGCAUAAUCUGUUUGAUAAUAUUUAAAUUAAACUUUUUUAUGUUUUAAAAAA